AUGACCUCGGUUUUGCCGAGUGCUCCCUCACCACAGGCCCCCACGCCUGCAGUGUGUGGUCGAUCAUCUCCCUCAUUGCCCCAUCGCCUGAUUCCUCUCGUCACUCGAUCCUCCACUCUCCCCUCCUCUCACUUACCUCUUCCCGCCAUCGUUCGCCACGGUGUUGCUUCAGAUCAUCUCCCUCAUUGCCCCAUCGGCCCAUUCCUCUCGUCACUCGGUCCUCUACUCUCCCCUCUUCUCACUUACCUCUUCCCGCCGUCGUUCGCCACGGUGUUGUCUUCAGAGAUCAUGUCCCCCAUUGCCCCAUCGCCUCAUUCCUCUCCUCACUCCGUCCGACGGACGCUACUCUCCCCUCUACUCUCCCCUCUCGCCGCUCUCUCGCACUUAUUAUCCCGCCGCUAUAGUAGCGGUGGCGGAGCGGGCGGAGCUCGAGCGCGGAAUCUCCUCAGUGGGAUAGCCGUUGGUUUCAAGAUCCUCCUGUUUUGUGCGUUCCCCCGGUUCCCCCUCUACCAGACAGCGGUGGCGGAGCGGGCGGAGCUUGAGCGCGGAAACUCCUCAGUGGGGAGCCGUUGGUUCCAGAUCCACCUUUUCUGCCUUCCCCCCGUUCCCCCUCUACCAGGCAGUGGUGGCGGAACGGGCGGAGCUUGA